CGUGUGAAGAACACAAAUUCGCAAAAAAACUUUCCAAAAAUUCCAAAAAAAUAAAUUCUGAGUGGGUGCUUCAAUCUGAAUUCCUGCGGAAAGAAAUUUAAACAAGAUCCAGUUUUUACAAUCAACGUAUUACAAUUCCUAAUUUUACCUACAACAUCCGAUAUCAGAUGUAAACUUCCGCUUUUGACAUGGACCCUGGCUUUUAGUUAACACGUGCGUUUUCACCAUGUCUCGUUUAAUUGUUAAAAACCUACCGAAAAAUAUGACCCAGGAACGUUUACAGGAAAUAUUCGGGGUCAAAGGUCACAUAACCAACUGCAACCUCAAAUACACCAAAGAUGGCGUUUUCCGCAAGUUUGCGUUUAUUGGAUACCGAAAUGAUGAAGAUUGUUCAGCAGCCAUCAAAUAUUUCAGUAAAACUUUUGUUGAUACCUCCAAGAUACAGGUGGAGCCUGCUUAUGACUUAGGGGAUGCAAACAGGCCAAGAUCCUGGAGUAAAUACUCUGCAGAAAGCUCCAAUUAUAUUUACAAGGAAAAGAGCAAACCCAAACCGGAUCCCGAAAAGAAUGAAAUGGACAGCAAAAACAAGCUUUAUGAGAAUUCUGAGUUUUUGGAAUUCCUGGAAGCGCACAAGUUGUCUGGAAAAGGGGCCAAGAAUAUGUGGAGCAACGACACAAUAGAAUUCCUUAAGAAGUCAUUUGAUUCACAGAACAAGAACAAAGGAACCAAUGAACCGUCUGAGGUUGUCUUUGAUGAUUCUGGCAAUGAAUCUGCAGAUGAUAAAUACGAAACCAUGGCUAAAAAUAGUAAGCCUCUUCCUUUCAUAUUUCAUCUUUUCUCUCAAGAUACUUACAGUCCGUCAGGUAUGCACAAAAAGACAACACCAAGAGAUCCCCUUGAGAAUAAAAUGACAGAAGAUCCUAAGCCUGAAACCCAACCAGUAAGAUACUCCGUUCGAAUGAAGGGCCUCACUGGUCGAUAUCACUCUGACACUAUAAAGGAGUUCUUCUACCCCAUCAAAGUGAAACAAGUCCACAUACCCCGUGGUCUCAAUCACAGACAGUUUGGUAUUGUGUUUGCUGAAUUCUUUAAUCCUGAAGAUGUAAAAUUGGCCAUGGAGAAACAAGGGAAGUUUAUCAAUGGUUCCAAGAUCACAUUGAAGGAAACUAUAACCGGUGAUGAUGAUGAUGAUGGUGGUGGUGGACAUUCAUACAAGAAGAAUGCAGCUGAUCUAAAAAUUGUACCUGAAGAUGAGGAAGAAGAAGAGCUGAGUGAAUCUGGAAGGCUGUUUGUUCGGAACUUACCUUACACCUGUACAGAAGAAGAUUUAGAAAAGCAUUUCAGCAAAUAUGGUGCAUUGGUUGAAGUUUACGUCCCUCUGGACACUGCAACCAAUAAAAUGAAAGGCUUUGCAUUCAUCACUUACAUGAUACCUGAAAAUGCAGUGAGGGCAUUGACUGAGAUGGAUGGUACAUCAUUUCAGGGAAGACUUCUGCACAUAAUCCCCAGCAGAAUCAAGAAAGAUAAAGAUGACACAGGGCAUUCCAAAGGCUCAUCUUUCAAGACACAAUCUUUACAGAAGCAAAAAUCUCAGGCACAGAGUUCUCACAACUGGAACAGUCUGUUCCUCGGCAGCAAUGCUGUUGCAGACGUCUUAACAGAGAAAUAUGGCAUCAAAAAAACAGAUCUUUUGGAUUUUGAGACAAACGACAGUCUUGGAGUUCGGAUGGCAUUGGGUGAAACACAGAUUGUAACAGAGACAAGAGAAUUCCUGCUAGAGAAUGGUGUCUCUUUAGAUAGUUUCAGUCAGGCAUCUGGUCCUCGGAGCAAAACUGUGAUAUUGGUGAAGAAUCUUCCAGCAGAUUGCAAGGGUGAGGAGAUUGCCAAAGUGUUCUCCAAGUACGGUACUCUUGGCAGAGUGAUUUUCCCACCAGCAGGAAUCACUGCCAUAAUUGAAUUCCUCUCACCCAGUGAAGCAAAGAAAGCCUUUACCAACCUUGCAUAUACAAAGGUAAUUCUCUCAAUCUCUCAUCUUGAUCUCAUCACUCUUAUUUAUUUUUUUACUUAUUUAUUUAUUUAUUUAUUUCAGGAACAGAAAACAGAACAAUCUUCAGAAGACGAAGAGAGUGAUGUGGAGCCUGACAGCGUGAUGUUUGUGAAAAACCUGACCUUAGAAACCAAAGAGGAUCACUUAAGGAAGGCAUUUGAAAGCUGUGGGCCAAUAAGAAAUGUGAUUGUUGCACGUAAAAAAGACUUCAAAAACCAAGGACAAGCAUUAUCGAUGGGUUAUGGAUUUGUGGAAUUUAAGCGAAGUAAAUCUGCUCAGAAAGCCAUUAAAAAGUUACAACAUAUGGAACUGAAUGGACAUCAAAUAGAACUGAAAAUAUCCAAUCGAUUAUCAAUUGUCUUUGGGGAACUUAAAAUUGUGCGUUUACCAAAGAAGAUGGCUGGUACUGGAUCCCAUCGAGGUUUUGCUUUUGUAGACUUUGUAAAUCGUCGAGAGGCAAAGAAAGCUUUCAAUGCAUUGUGUCACAGCACACAUUUGUACGGUCGACGUCUGGUCUUGGAGUGGGCAGACACAGAGGAAACUAUUGAAGAUCUUCGCAGAAAAACAGCUGAGCACUUUCACGAUGAUAUUCCAAAGAAAAUCAGGAAGACAGAUAUCGUAACAUCUCUCACUGAGGAGACAAUGUGAUAGAGAGUGAUGGUGAAACAUUAUGAUGGAGGGGUUGGAUGGAAUGAAUAUUAUGAUGGAAGGAUGGGGGAAUGAACAUUGUCAUGGA